AUGAAGGAUACGCAGUCACAUCAUCCUCCCGAUGACGCAGACAUCACCGCCUCUGAUGCCCAGCUCACCUCGGGUGUGUCCGAGAUGGACGUAGACCCAAGGUCGAGCCCACCACGCCCUCCGGUGGCUGUCAACUCUCAUGUCACGGUCGAACCUGACAACGAUUUCGGCAACGAUCUCGAUUCGAUUGAUGAGCAGAUGUCACAGUACUCCAAAUCAUUAACUUCGAGCAUUGUCAACUAUCCUGUGGAAUACGGCCGUCGUUAUCAUGCGUUUCGCGCUGGCUCAUACAAAUUCCCAAAUGACGAACGCGAGAUGGAGCGGUUAGACCUCGCUCAUGCCAUGAUGGUGCUAGCAAUGGGAAACAAACUCUACUGUUCUCCAUUGCAGCCGGAACGAAUACAGAGAGUUCUAGACAUUGGAACAGGGACUGGUAUAUGGGCGAUUGAAAUGGGCGAUAAGUUUGAUCAUGCUGAGAUUAACGGGAUUGAUCUAAGUAAUAUUCAACCCGACUGGAUCCCCCCUAACGUCAAGUUCACAAUCGACGAUAUUGAGAGCCCUUGGGUUGACAAUAAGAAAUACGACUUCAUCAUGUGCCGUUACAUGGGUGCUUCCAUUCAAAAUUGGCCGGGGCUGAUGCAAAACAUAUACGACCACUUGAGUCCUGGGGGUUGGGCAGAGUUCCAGGACGUAAACACGACAUUUUACUCCGAGGAUGGUUCAUACACACCGGAACAUGCCACCUACAAAUGGAUGAACACAUUUGUCGGGGCUUGCGAAUCGACAGGACGCGAUCCUAGCGUGGGACCGAAACUCGAAGGCUGGGUCAGAAGUGCCGGAUUCGAUAACGUCGUCGCCCAGGGCAGUAAGGUACCCUUGGGCAUAUGGCCAAAACAUCCAUACUAUAAGCAGCUAGGAUGGAUGAACUUGAAGUUGACCCUCGACGGGCUCGAAGCCUUGUCGCUGAAACUGUUUUCGGAGAUGCUCAACUGGACCGAAGAGAAAAUUACCGAGGAGCUUGAGAAGGUGCGAGCUGAGUUGCAAAGCGGAGUUUUCCACGCGCUUUUCGACGUUCAUAUGGUGUACGGACAGAAGCCUCUAAACAAAUAG